AUGACGCUGCUGGCGACGGUCGGGACGGCCUACGGGAUCCAGGCCUUAUGUGCGGCCUUCGCGGUCCCCCUGCAAACCGAAAAGUACUACGAUCUGUCGGGCUCGGCGACUUUCCUGACCUGCACCGCCGUCUCGCUCUACUACCCCUCCUUGCGCUACAAACUGCUCCACAAUCUCGCCGCACCCUUGCCCAGUCUCUCCAGCUUCCAUCGGAGACAACUGAUCAUGAGCGGGUUGACGUGUCUUUGGGCGACCCGACUUGGAAGCUUUCUGUACCAACGGAUCAAGAAAAGCGGGAGUGAUUCUAGGUUCGAUGAGAUCAAGCGUGAUCCGGUCCGUUUCUUCAGUGCCUGGAUGGCGCAGGCCUCGUGGGUCACUCUCACCGCAUUUCCGGUUUAUGCAGUUAAUUCUGUCCCCGCUGCGCGCCAACCCGCGUUGGGCUUGACUGGAUCGUUGGGUACCGGGUUAUGGGUGGCAUCAUUCCUCUUCGAGGUCGUGGCCGAUCAACAAAAAACUAAGUGGAGAGAAGAGAAGAUGAAGAAGAUCCACAGCGAGCAGUUCAUCAGUAGCGGACUGUGGAGCGUCAGUCGCCAUCCGAACUACGUGGGAGAAGUGAUGCUCUGGACGAGCCAGGUGUUGAUUGCCUGGCCAGCGCUUCCGGUGUGGAUGCGCUUGAUGAGCUGUCUGAGUCCCAUAUUGGAGUAUCUGCUGAUCACCAAAGUCAGCGGCUUGCCGCCUCUCGAAACCAAGGCUGAUAAACAGUUCAAAGAUAACUCCGAAUACCAGGCCUAUAAGGCCCGUACUCCCGUCUUUUGGCCUAAGCUCUGGUGA